AUGCUCUUAGCAUCACCGCUAUUGUCAGCAUCGAGGCCUCCACUUCGUGCACUAACACAUAUGGGAGAACACAGUCAAGCUCAGUCAGCACUACUUAUACCGGUCUCAGCAGAUGUUUGCUUGUCAAAUCCUGAUGAGGGGAAUGAAACACUCUCACAAGACCCACCUUUGCGACCUCGCAAUAGCGGGACGAUGAUAGCUUCAACGACAACAGUUGCCGCUGAGGCUUUGCCAAAGCUUCCUGCCAUGUCGACAUUCCAUAGAGUCGACGAUGGCGAAACCUGCUCUAGCGAAGCCCCACCUAAGGCUGCCUCCGUCUUAACCACGUCUCAGGCUCAGACACCAUCCAGGGAAAUAGACGCUGUUGUUGGCCAUGGUGACGAGGCUGCUGAGGUUGCCGUUCGCGAAGACGCUGAAGGGAACGAGAAAGAGCAAGACAGUGUUAGUCAGGGCGAGCGUGAGAGUCCGAGCCCAAGUCCAAGCCUAACCCUGACCAGUAGUAGAUCGGCGAUGCGAACUCAAAAGUUGGCAUCGGCGCUCAAGACCACCAGUUUGAUUAGUGGGGCAGAUGGUACUGGUAGUAACAAGAAGAAGGGUAGACAUCAACGCACAAAACGACGGAUUAGAGGGAUAUGGGGAGGCGAUGAUUCCACGCUGUUUUCCCAGCUUCACGACGAGACGAUUCUCCUAAUAAUGAAGAAUUUUUCGAUGAAGGAUUUGUGUGUGGCAUCCAUGGUUUGUCAACGAUGGAAACACCUAGCGCUCCAUCAGGAUUCCUGGAAACGCAUUGAUGCUACGGAAUUUGUACAAGCAGCGCAUGACUACUAUGCCAAGAUGGACUGUAAUACCGACAACAGUGACGGCAAAAUAGACCCUCCCAAAUCAACUUCCAAGGCCCUUGCUGCUCAUGUUGAGAAAUUCACUCCCCUCUCAUUAUCCAUUCACUCAAUCCACAAUCGAUUAUCACCAGACAAUUUUUUGUCGUCUCUGCCGAGUCUACAGGAGCUUACCCUUACGGCUUUUGCCGAGUUGACCGACACUCACGUUCACGUGUUGCUACUUUCGUGCGUGUCAAAGAGAUCCUGCAACUUGCGCAAAUUAGCUCUGGAGCAAUGCCCACGCUUGACAAAUGCCACGGUUCAGUCCAUCGGGAAGCUCUGUUCAGAGCUUGAGGAGCUGAGCCUCGCGGGAAACUCCAAUAUCACAGACCUGGCACCACUGAGCGAUUUGUGGGUACUCACAACGAAACCGUCUCCACCGGUCGCCGCGGCUCCAAAGCGUGUCGCUGCCAGCCCAGCAGCUGCAUCCAUGUUCUCCUUAUUCAGCCCUCCGCCGCCGCCACCGCCAAAGCCAUCACUAGCUGACAUGUUUCAACCUCCAAGGCCCUCCACUCCAACCAGUACGAGUUCAUUGCAGUCCCUAUUUGCUCCGCCAGGGGAAUCACCACCGCGAUCGGCAAACGUAAUUAGAAUUCUUCCACAACCGCUUUCCAAGAAAAACAGCAAGAUCAAGCAACCCGCAAAGCUAGCACUCAUUAACGUAUCCAACACGGGCGUGACUGCAAAAUCCCUGAUCGCCGCCUGGAAAGCAGCGGUUCCAUCUGGGAAGAUUGUACGGCUGGCGCAUUUGCUAAUGAAUGGAACGGGCGAGACAUGGAAGGACACGCAUCUGCGGGACAUUGCCGAUUUGCUGGAUUUGGUCAAGCUGGAGUCACUCGAUAUUGGAUGUAGGAAUUCGUCAUCGCGAACAGUCACCGACAGUGGACUCGCGUGGCUUGUCCAGGGUGCAGAGAGCGUCACCUCGAAUAAGGCUCCUCUCUCUUCCUUGGUACGAUUAAAUCUGUCAGGACAUCAAUCGCUCUCCGGAACCUGUAUUGCAAACACUAUUGCACCGGCACAAGGGCGAUUGGAAGAGCUCACUUUGAAGGACUGCAAGGGAUUGUCUGUUCAGAGUGCCAAUGUUGCCAAGGAUCUUGCCAGCAUUGAUACUCUGGCCAAGGCCAUUUCGUCCCUCACAGUACGGGAAACAAAUGAGAAGGAUGCUGCAGGCGGCAAGGGACUACGCCGCCUCUCGCUUGCCGGAUGCUUCUCCAAUCAAUGCCUCUUGCAGAGGAACAACAACAAGAAAAUGCACGAAGAAACUAUUGGGUCAAUUUUGUUAGAAUCUUUGGGGCCACAAACUACCAAGAAGGGGGGGAAAGCAACGAAACAACACGACAAUCUGCUUUCCUGUAGCACUGCUAGCACGACGCUUGUUGAAUUGGACUUGACUGGUUGCUGGUUUGUAACACCAUCCCAUGUUGCCUCGUUAAGAGAGAGAUGUCCCAGGCUCCAUAAAAUUCAUCUGGAUGGAACCAGGGCCAUGCAAGCAAUGUAA